UGUCAUCCUUAUUCACUUCAAGCAAAGCUGCACAUACAAUGACUCGUUCCAUAGCACUACUGCUGAAAUGUCCUGUGCUCAUCGCAACCAUUUUGAUAUCAGGAAUUGGAGGAACCUUCCAGUAUGGAUUUAAUAUCUCCGUAUUGAACUCGCCAUCGGUUUUUAUUAAAACGCUGGUGAACAGCACCUGCCAGCUGCGUUACGGACGCUCCCUUGAACCCUGGGAGCUGUCCCUCAUCUGGUCCUUCAUCGUGUCCAUAUACUCGGUCGGGGGACUGAUCGGCGCCCUCUGCGCUGGACGCCUGGCAACUCUGUUUGGAAGAAAGAAAACGCUGCUAUUAAACAAUGUGUUGGCGAUCUGCGGCGCUGUCCUGAUGUUGUUGAGUAAGACGGCCCUCUCAUUCGAGAUGAUCAUGGUGGGACGUAUCUUAUACGGGAUUAAUGCUGGUGUGGGUUUGACGGUCCACACUCUGUAUUUGUUGGAAUGCGCCCCCAAGAGGCUGCGAGGAAUGGUUGGCGUUUCCGUGGCAUCUUUCGUGUCAUUUGGGAAGUUUACAGGCCAGCUGCUUGGGAUCAGUGAGCUGCUGGGCACAGAGGAGCGCUGGAUUUGGUUGCUGGCCGUCAGCGGGGCGGCUGGUCUUCUGCAGCUGCUUAGCUUGCCCUUCCUCCCUGAAUCUCCACGGUAUCUCCUGCUGGAAAGGGCAGACAAAGAUGGCUGCGAGAUGGCUUUGCGCAGGUUAUGGGGAGCUAAAAAUGACCCUAAACCAGAGAUGGAGGAAAUGUUGGCUGAACACGCUGCACUAAAAGGUGUGAAGAUCCACCGAGUCAUGGAUCUAAUUUUCGACAUCAGUGUCCGCUGGCAGCUCCUCACCAUCAUCGUGACUUUCAUCACUCUGCAGCUGUGCGGCAUCAACGCCGUCUAUCUCUAUUCAUUUGAUGUGUUUCAAGCGGCUGGUAUUCCCAAAGAAAAUGUGCGCUAUGCCGCCAUAGGAACAGGACUUUGUGAAAUUUCCGCUUCCUUAGCCUGUGUUCUGUUCAUUGAAAGCACAGGGAAGAGGGUUCUUCUCUUCAGGGGUUACCUGUUAAUGGCAGCAGCGCUGGCUCUGCUUACAGUUACACUCUACCUACAGGGGUCUGUAACCUGGAUGCCAUACUGCAGCAUGGUCCUCAUUUUAAUCUACAUCGUCAUCUUCUCAACUGGACCAGCGGCUGUAACGUCUCCACUGCCUGCUGAGAUAUUUACACAAUCUUAUAAACCAUCAGCGUUCGCUGUGGGCUGCACCCUAAACUGGGUCGGACUCUUUUUGGUGGGCAUGUUAUUUCCCCUUAUAGUGAAGCAUUUGGAUUAUUUCUGCUUCCUCAUCUUCUUUGCGUUUUGCUUCUUCUCUGGCAUAUUUGUUUGGUUCAGCGUUCCAGAAACCAAGAAUAAAACUGUUCUGGAGAUCACAGAGGACUUUAAAAAAAUGCACCAGAAACGCUCUCUACAGUCUAUACUGAGCUCAGUGUACCUCAAUGAAUUCCAGAGCACUAUAUCUACCAAGCUUUAGCACCAGCGCAAAAAUAGGUCGUUUAACGUAGAUGAAUCAAAGUCGAUGUGCAUGCAUGUACCACCCAAUAAGCAUUCCAUGUGCUCUAUUAUUUGUGAAAUAUAGUCAGUAUGUUAAGACAAACUCUAUGAAAUGUCCCAUUUGUAAACCCAAAAUCCAAUUUCAAUUAGAGGCAAACUGAACGGUGAAUCAAUAGAUUUGUACUAUGUCACGCUGAGGGAUACCAAUACAGGUUUGGCCUGAUACAAUUGCAAUGCUUUUAUUGACAUUGUUACGUGAAUGGUUUUGUGGAGAUAUUGCCUUUCUUGACCAUUUCAUGUUGUCCUCAGGGGUGUGAUGAACUUUUACCACAUCAUAAAGUUAGCAAAUUAAAUAUUGUACUGACUAUGUUGUUUGGCAUCUGUCUUUAAUCAUCCAUAUUUGUCUACACUAAGCAGGUAAUUGCUUUAUCUUUUGUUUCACUUAUUUCUUUAAUGGCUUUUUAAGAUGUAAACAAUUACAGGUAAUGAGAUGAAUUGGUGGAACAAUUACAUGACAAUGACUAUUAAAACUAUAAUGAAUGAUGUCA